CGAGAAUCGGGGCGCGGGCGCGGCCCUGCAACCCCGCUCACUCGCGGGCAACAGGGCGAGCCUCCGCCUGGCUUACUCAGAAGUCAGAUCCCAUUGUCUUCAACGGGGCUUACUCUCAAGUAAGCCGGGUAAGGAGGAGUGUAGCCUAAGCACGCCUCCUCCAGUAAACGUGCCUCAACUCGACCCACCAGCGACAAGUCUGCCAGCUUUGAACUUUUUUAAAAAGCGCCCGUUGCCUCGCUUUUUUUUUUUUUUGAACUUUUGGGGGGAAAGGAGGGAGGGAAUCAGCCCCGUAACGGGGGCGGCAGAUUGACGGCGAUCUGCGGCUGCCUGCUUUGUGCUUGCCUGAUUGACGGCCGCGAGCCCGCCCCCUCGCCGCCUCCAUUCCUCCUCCGGCGCUGCCCGGUUCUUCGCCGUUCUGCUGGCGAGCUCUCUCGCCUGCGCGUGCCUCGAUCCGGAUUCGUGCACCUUACGCGGUACUUUCUCGGGGAGGGGGAGCUUCGCGCGUCUCAGAUCGGGAGGAGAGUCGAGCCACGGAAGGGACUUGGAUGAGCGGAGCUCUCCUCCAGCGGGAGCCAAGCAGUUUCUCCGCCGGCCAGGCUGCACCACCAUGCAUGCGGGGGCGGCUGCGUUCCUUAUAGCUCUCUGUCUGACUCCAGCUGCAGUGAAUGCGGGUGGGAAGAAAUUUUAUCACGGACCUUGUGGGGGUCGAGACUGCAGUGCAGACUGUCGAUGCUUUCCAGAGAAAGGUGCUCGGGGUCGGCCGGGACCCAUUGGAAACCAAGGACUCAUGGGUGCUCCAGGGUUCACUGGACCAGAAGGUGUGAGGGGGCCAAAGGGAGAGAGAGGGACAACAGGUUUUCCAGGUGCAGCUGGACUGAAGGGCGAUAAGGGCCCAAUGGGGGUUCCUGGAUUUCAAGGAAUACAUGGAGUUCCUGGACACCCUGGCCAGCCAGGACCCAGAGGCUUGCCCGGCCUGGAUGGUUGUAAUGGUACUAUUGGGACUCCUGGCGUCCUAGGUCCAGAUGGAUUCCCUGGCAUCCAGGGUCCCCCGGGUCGUCCUGGUCCAAAGGGUCUGAAAGGUGAGCCUACGUUUGCCCAAGGAGGACUUAAAGGAAUGAAGGGAGGAAGUGGUCGUCCCGGAUUGGAUGGUGAUGUUGGCCCUAAAGGUUUCCCAGGUGUACCAGGUCCUAGUGGCCCAGUUGGGCCACCUGGCUUUCCGGGGCCCCCAGGUCGACCCGGCCCCCCAGGUCUUGUAGGUAACAGUGGCCUAGUUUUCCAAGGAGAGAAAGGAGCAAAAGGAGAUGUUGGGCUUCCAGGCCCUGCAGGUCCUCCACCUUCCACCGGGAUCCUGGAAUUCAUGGGAUUCCCCAAAGGACAGCAAGGAGCAAAGGGCAUUCUUGGCCCCAAAGGUUUUCCUGGUCCUGAUGGGUAUCCUGGUCCUCCGGGCUUUGGGUUUGUUGGAGAAAAAGGAGAAAAAGGUGUGCCUGGUUUGCCUGGACCCAGGGGAGACAUGGGGUUGAAGGGCUUUGAUGGGAGCCCAGGCAGAAAGGGCCUACCAGGUGACCCAGGAGAUCCUGGAUGGGAUGGAUCACCAGGAGGAAAGGGUGACUUUGGUGAUAUUGGCCCACCAGGUCCUACAAUUAUUAUCGAUACAGAAGGUGCCGUGAUCUCAGGUACUCUUGGAGAGCCUGGGACACCAGGAAUCCCCGGCAAUAGAGGUGAUGAAGGGAUCCUUGGUUUACCAGGUCUUCCUGGUAUAGGAGGACUACCUGCACCCAUUCCAGGUCCCCCAGGUCUGAUGGGUUUCCCAGGUGUUCCAGGAGUGAAAGGUGACCUAGGAGAGCCAGGCAGAGCAAUGAUUGGAUUACCUGGUCCACCAGGCAGAGAUGGAGCUCCAGGGUUGCUAGGAGCUCCAGGGUUACCUGGACCAUCACGUCCCAUACUUACACCAGAAGCAAUCCUUGAUGGAGAACCUGGGGAGCCAGGAUCACCCGGACCGAGAGGGCCACCAGGAACGUUCGGGGUCGAAGGCCACAAAGGUGAAGCUGGCGAUUGUGCUUGUGACGGAGGGAUCACAGGAGCAGGUUUGAGAGGGGAGCCAGGCUCCCGCGGUCCACCUGGAAGACUAGGUGAACCAGGCCCGAAAGGACCUGUGGGAGAUCCAGGAGAUGGCAUAACAGGGCCUCCAGGUCCACCGGGUCCCUUUGGUCAACCUGGUCUUCCCGGCCUGAAGGGAAUGAAAGGAGAACCAUCUUUGGCCUCAGGCAGAGGCCUCCGGGGAGAUCCAGGAAAUGUGGGUCCCAGAGGUCCUUCAGGUGUGCCAGGAAUUCCUGGCAGGGAUGGCAUCUCCGGUUUGCCAGGUCGACCCGGCCCUCCAGGUGAUGGUGGAUUGGGCUUUCCAGGGGACAAAGGUUUUCCAGGAUCACCCGGUCUGAAGGGCCGGCACGGAGAGAGUGGUCUUCCUGGCAUUGGUUUCCCAGGCUCAAAUGGAAUUGGUGGGCCUCCAGGUGACCCAGGAAUCAAUGGGUUUCCAGGACAGCCUGGUCCCCCAGGUCCUCCAGGUGAUUGCUGCUGCGGUGAGGAGGUUGGUAAUGGAGUCUUAGACGCUCAGGGAGGCAUAACUUUGCCCUGCAUAACUCCUGGAACGUUUGGGCCACCAGGGCUUCCAGGAUCACCAGGUUUUCCAGGUUCCAAGGGUAGCAAAGGAUUUCCAGGCAGACCAGGACAACCAGGGUUAAAUGGCUUAAAAGGGCAGCUGGGCUCACCAGGAUUAAGAGGGCUCCCAGGACCACCAGGCUUUCCAGGCAUUGGUGGAGAUCCAGGGCAUCGAGGGCUUCCGGGACCUGAUGGGGCAGAUGGGUUCCUUGGAAAUCCAGGCCCUCCUGGUUUGCCAGGUGCAAAAGGGCCACCUGGUGAAGUGUUUGGGGCUGAAAGCGGAGCCCGAGGGGACCCUGGUCGACCGGGAUUAGCAGGAGAUAAAGGCAUUCUAGGGGACCCUGGCCUUCCGGGACAGAAAGGUGCAGAUGGAAGGCCAGGCCUGCCAGGAAUAAAAGGAGGUCGUGGGGACCCAGGGCUUCUGGGCAUUGAUGGACUUCAAGGACCGCCAGGACCUGGAGGCCCAUUUGGCAUUAAAGGAAAGCCCGGUCCAGUGGGAGCAGUCGGCAUCCGGGGAUUGCCAGGAGUUCCUGGAGAAAAAGGCAGAAGUGGUGAUGCAGGUCGGCCAGGCCCCAUUGGAAUGAAGGGGUCCCCUGGUCCUGAUGGCCUUCCGGGACGUCCAGGAGAAGUAGGGCUGCCCGGAUCACUUGGCCCUUUAGGUCUACAUGGAAAUCCAGGUUUACCCGGAUCCAAAGGACAAAAGGGCUUGCUGGGUCUGAUUGGCUUCCCCGGCAUGACAGGCCUACAUGGCAUCCCGGGGGGUAGUGGCCCAAAAGGAGCUUCCGGAGCAGCAGGAAGAGAUGGAAGUAUUGGGUUUCCUGGGCUCGAUGGCCUAAAAGGAGACAGAGGCAACCCUGGUCCUCCCGGACCCCCCAUUCUCAGGCCUCCAGAACUGGCUCUUACAUUCAAAGGAAGCAAAGGAGAGCCUGGCUUCCCUGGGAAAGAAGGAUUUCCAGGACCUAGAGGGAACAAGGGACCUCCUGGGCCCCAUGGACAGCCAGGACUCCCAGGAAUAGCCGGGUUGCCAGGCAGAGAGAAAGGACCAAUCGGUGAUCCAGGUCUCCCAGGAACAUUCGGUUCUCCUGGCUUCCCGGGACAGAAAGGAGCUGCUGGCAUUGUGGGUUUUCCAGGAAUGACUGGAGAAAGUGGUGCUGAGGGUGUAUCAGGGCCACCUGGAAUACCAGGAACUAGUGGACUGCGUGGUCCAAAGGGUGACCGAGGAGAAUCGUUUGGAAUCCCAGGUGGUAUAGGGCCUAAAGGACAACGAGGGGACCCUGGAUUUCCAGGUGAACGAGGCUUCGACGGACCAAAGGGUGAGCCAGGACACCCUGGAAGUGUUGGGCUGAAAGGACAGAAAGGUGCACCAGGUGACUUUGGCCAAGAAGGACCACCAGGUAUCCCUGCAAUUGGAGUUUCAAGAGGCAACCCAGGUUUUCCAGGCAGCCCUGGGCAGCGUGGCCCCCCAGGAUAUCCAGGCCCCCCUGGCAUUGCAGGACCAAAAGGGCUCCCCGGCUUUUCAGGUUUGAAUGGCCUGAAUGGUUUACCAGGCACAAAGGGCUCACCUGGAACACCAGGUCUGAGUGAAAACGGACUUCCAGGGACUGCAGGGCUGCCGGGUGCCAAAGGAGAUCCUGGUGUCCCAGGUUUUCAAGUGGGACCCCCAGGGUUUCCUGGACAGAAAGGACCUCCGGGAGACAUGGGUCGUCCUGGAGCCUUAGGUCUGCCUGGUUUGCGAGGGCCCCCAGGCAUCUUUCUUCCUUCUAAAAUUCCUGGGAGACCUGGUGACUCUGGACGUCCUGGAGAGGAUGGUAGACCAGGCCUCCAAGGUCCUCCUGGGCCACGCGGACCACCAGGCCCAGCCUCCAAUCAAGGCGAUACAGGUGCCCCUGGCUUCCCUGGUCCUCCUGGUAUACCAGGCCUCAAAGGUGACAUGGGCAUCUCUGGGCUAAGUGGCGUUCCGGGCGCAUCAGGGUUUAAAGGCUUCAGAGGUGAACCGGGCUUCAUGGGAAUGCCAGGUAAAGAUGGACCUCCAGGAGAUCUGGGUUUUCCUGGACCAAAAGGUGAAACAGGCCGUCGAGGGUUCCCUGGGCUUCAAGGGGCUGCAGGCCUGACGCAGAGACCUGAAGAAGUCAAAGUUCCUCCAGGCUUAAUUGGACUGCCAGGAAUUGAUGGCUUCCCUGGUUUGAACGGAGAUCCUGGGUUCCAGGGACUAAUCGGACAGCAAGGCCCCAAAGGAAUGGCAGGUAGACCUGGUCAGAUGGGAGCCAAUGGUUUGCCAGGGUCACCAGGUGUGGUCGGAGAUCCGGGGUCUGCAGGUAAUCCAGGACUACCAGGAUAUGAAGGAAUAUCUGGGAAGCCGGGUCCUUCUGGUUUGCCCGGAAUGCCGGGCCGCAGCAUUGGUGUUGGCUACACCUUGGUGAAGCACAGCCAGUCGGAGCAGAUCCCACCAUGCCCCGUAGGGAUGAACAAGCUCUGGGAAGGCUACAGUCUGCUGUACGUGGAGGGCCAGGAGAAGGCCCACAACCAGGACCUCGGCUUUGCUGGCUCCUGCUUGCCUCGCUUCAGCACAAUGCCUUUUAUUUACUGCAACAUCAAUGAGGUGUGCUACUACGCCAGCCGCAACGACAAAUCCUACUGGCUCUCCACCACGGCGCCCAUCCCCAUGAUGCCCGUUAGCAGCUUCCAGAUCUCGCAGUACAUCAGCCGCUGCUCCGUCUGUGAAGCUCCUUCCCAGGCCGUGGCCGUUCACAGCCAGGACAUCACCAUCCCACAGUGCCCGGAAGGCUGGCGCAGCCUCUGGAUUGGAUAUUCCUUCCUCAUGCACACGGCGGCUGGAGCUGAAGGCGGAGGCCAGUCCCUGGUCUCCCCUGGCUCUUGCCUGGAAGAUUUCCGUGCCACCCCUUUCAUUGAAUGCAACGGUGCUCGAGGGACCUGCCACUACUUCUCGAACAAAUACAGCUUUUGGCUGACGACGGUUGAGCAGACCCAGCAGUUUGCCAACUUUCCCGUCUCUGAAACUCUGAAAGCGGGUCAGCUCCGGACACGGGUUGGCCGAUGCCAAGUCUGCAUGAAGAACUUGUAGCAAAGGCCAAAGCCAGUCAAGAGCCAGCAAAAGGGACCUGGGGUCUUAUUGUGCUGAAGACCAUGGGAUGUAUAACCAUCCGCAGCUGCCGCAGGCACUGAGAUCACUUCAAAGCCUCCUGGUGCACUCUUGUCUAUAUCACAGAACAUGGUGCUAUAUUUCUCACUGUUUUUAUAUUCAUGGCUACCUCAGAAAGUCUUUCUCUGCCAUCCCAGGUGCCACGUCUGUCCUCUCUUUGACAUGCUAAACGUGAUUUUAACAGGCCAUGUGGGUGUUUGGAGGUAGUUCUCCUUUCAGAGCCUUGGCUGUUCCAUGUCAUUAUGGAUUAAACACGGCUUUUCAUGUUGUUAUGGAUUAAAAGACUUUCAGCGAAUUCCUCAGAUGUUACCGAGGCCAUUAAAAAAUGCUUACCUGA